AAAUCGAGCUUCUUUCUCAUUUUACAUUCAGUCGGAGACAUUAAUUGGCUAAGUGCAGAUCGUCGUCGAUCACACCACCGACUAGGAACGAAGAGAUCAUACAUUCAUUAGCAGAACGGUGGUAGAUAAGAAAGUGAACAAACGAGAGUGACUGACUGAUAGUGUGUAGGAACUGAACAAAAACAUAUUUUAGUGAAUUAUUCGUGCCAAAACAAAUCUCGCACCUUCGACGAUCUUUCUGCGGGUGAUCUCGAAGAGACUCUUAUUGUAGGAAAUGAAAGUGUUACUAAUUUGUGCGUUAGCCUGUGUGGCGUUAAGUGGAGUUUAUGGUGCUUCGAUUAUCCGAGUGGCGCGGGAAGAUGUGGUUCCAGUAGUUGAAGAGAUCGUUAAGGAGGAGGUCGUCAGUGAGCUGCGCAAAAAUGAAAUCCCGGUGGCCGUCGAGGAAGAACCAGCCCAGGUUGUGGUCGAGGAAGCCGUGGUGCCAGUAGAAAAUCAACGCACCAUUGCUGAAGUCGUCGAAGUUGCUGAGCCGGUCGGUGUUGUCGUUGAGAAUGCCGUUGUUCCCGCUGACGAAAAGGAAACCGUCGAGGCUCUACGAAGCGCUUCCCCAGUUAUGGUUGUUGAAGAACCAGUAGCUGUUGUUAAGGAAGCUGAAGUAGUUGCUGAGCCCGUGGUUGCAGACAAAGUUGUCGCUGCAGUCGAAUCUCUGCGCAAUGUUGAACCAGUCGUUGAAGUCGUCGAGCAGGUCAUUGUUCAGGAUGUUAAGGAGGAGCAGGUCAACAGCAGUCCCGAAGAAUCCCUCCGCAGUGCUUUGCCAGUGGUUGAAGAAGAGAAGGUAGUUGAAGCUGUUGUCAAGGAUGAACCCGUCGUUGAGGAUAAAGAGGAUGCCGUCAUCCCUGCCGUGCGAACUGUUGCCGAAGUGAUCAUGGAGAAGGCUGAGGAAAAAGUUGCUGAUGAGGCUGUUGCUGCUAAGGAAGUAGAAGUUGAACCAGUCGUCGCCCUCAAGAGCGCUGAACCUGUUGCUGCCGUUGAAGAACCAGUUGCCGUGGUCGUGGAAGAAGCCAAGGAUGAAGUUGCUCAAGAUGUUGUCGAAGAUGCAGUUGUACCAGAGGUCGUUGUUGUACCCCAGCCAAUUAAGCCUUUCGUUGAAAUGGUUGCAGAAGUACAGGCUGCUAUUUCUGAUGCCGUUGCCGAAUCUGACAACGUCGAAGAAAAGGUUACUGAAGAUAAGGAAGUAGCCCCGGUUGAAUCCCUGCGCUCUGUAGCUCCAGUCGUUGCAGUUGAAGAACCCGUUGUCGCCGAUGUUGAGGAGAAAAAGGAAGUCGUUGCUGAACCAGUUGCUGAAGUUGCUGCUGACGUUGUAGCCGAUGAAGUUGUGUCUCCAGUUGUAGCUGCUGAAGUUGUGGAAGAAAAAGUUCCAGUUGCUGACGUCGCCGUUGAAGAGAAGGUAGUUGCUCCAGUUGAUUCGCUGCGAUCUGUUAUUCCAGUUGUCGCAGUAGAGGAACCAGAAGCUGUUGCCGCUGUUGUUUCAGAUAAUGAAGUUGCUCCAGUCGUUAAAGCUGUUGCUGAGGAGAAGGUUGAGGAAGUCAAGGCUGAUGCUGUUGAAGAACCAGUUGGUGUAGUCAAGUCCGUUCCAGUUGCCGAAGAAGUUGCUCCAGUUAAGGAAGUAGAACAGGAGCCAUCGGAUGUAAUCCGUGCCGUAGAUGUCAAGCAGGAUGCUACCACUAGCCGCCCCAACUUGAUCCAACAAAUUAUUCAACCAGUUAACAAUCUAAUCCAAAACAGCCCAAUUGGAUCGAUUUUGAAUCGUGGAUCUACUACUACAGCUGCCCCUGCCGAAGCAGCCGAUGCUCCUGCUGAAACCGAGAACGGUGCUCCUGCAGUUGCUAAUGAUGCUGCCACUACUACUGCUGCACCCAACUUUAUCCAGCAGCUUGGACAAAACUUCCAGAACUUCUUGAAUCCCAAUUCUCAAAACGCCCAGACUGGUGAAGGUACCACUGCUCGACCAAACAUCAUUCAACAGGUCCAGAAUGCUGUCGGCUCGGUCUUGAACAGGCCAUCCAGCAACUCCGAACAAUCUGGACAGCAGACCAACCCAAUCCAGAGCAUAGUGCAGAAUGUGCAAAACUUCUUCCGACCGACAUCCGCUCCAUCGAGUUCUGAAACUUCAGCUCCUGCUGCCGCCCCAGCAGCUGCUCCUCCAGCCCAGUCUGCCGACGCUGCCCCAGUGGAAGCUCCUGCAUCUGCUGAACCAGCCCCAGAGAACUCUGAACCAGCCCAGAUCGCGGAAAACCAAACUGCCUAGAUGAAUAAAUCUUUAAGUUCACGCUAGUUAGGAUCUUGUACUUGUAAUAAGCCAUACGAUUCAAACACACAUACUUACACACUCGAACUGCCACAGUGGCAGGGAAAAGGUUGUCAUUCCUUUCUUAUUUUAAGGAAUCUAACGUUUUCGAAGGAAACUCAUCAAGUCAGAUCAUUUCGUUUGUAGUGGCAAAAAAUCUUCUCGAAGAAGCUCCUUUCCUCUCCCUUCAGUGCCAUCUAUACAAGACUUGCCUGCCAAGUUCCUUCUAACGAUUGAAGGAAAGUUUGCCAGCGAGAGCAUUUCGGUCGGAGAAGGUUUUGAGGAAGGGACUGCUUUCAUCGAUUUAAUUUAUUUAUUAUUAACCGAACGAAACGAAAUAUUUAUUUAAAUGUGAUUCUCAGCUAAUAACAAAAAUAAAAUUCAACACAACAAAAACACAGAAACCGUCCUAUCUUAAAAAGACGAAAAAACGAACAACAAGGUAAAAAAUGUAAAAUGUUUGUAAAAAGCCGAAAAAAAUAAUAAAAUGAAUAAUAAAAUUAAA